CGCCCCGCCUCCUCCCACCUUCAGUCGCAGCUAGCCAGGCAAAGGCAAUCUAGAGCAGGGAGAGCUGCGAGAGGGCAGCGAGCGAGCUAGAGAAAGAUAUAUAGAGAGAGAAAUGAGGCCGAUGGAGAGAGUUGAAGGUGUGGCGGCGCCGGUAAUGGCUGGCGGCGGCGCGCGGGCGCCGAGCCUGUGGAGGACGCCGACGCCGUACCUCUUCCUGGGGUUCGCGGUGAUGAUGGGGCUCAUCGUGGUGGCGCUGCUCGUGCUCGUCUGCACGCGCCGCAAGCCGGCGGCGGCCGACGACGAGAAGGCGGCGACGGUGCGCGGGGUGCUGGUGCCGCUGGACCGGGAGCCCAAGGUCGUGGUCAUCAUGGCCGGCGACGCCCUCCCGUCCUUCAUCGCCGUCGCCAGCGCCAAGAUGCCGCUCGCCUUCGCCACGCCGUCCGCCGGUGCCGAGGAGGCCGUGUAGCACGCCCAAGCCCAACGGCGCGCGCGCGCGCAGGCGGCCGAGGAGCCGAGAGAACCCCGCGCGUCGCGACAGCUCGCGACGACGACGACGACGACGCUCGCGGGGGCCAAUUUUGUCGAGAGGUUCUUUUUUUGCUUUGGAGUUCGGUGGCGUGUGACCACGUGAACCGUGAGGCCACCCAACCCCAGCCGCCGCCGCCGCCGCCGGCGGCAGCGGCAGAGGCAGAGGCAGCAGCUGGUUGUUUGGGCUGUUUCGGGGAAAAAAAAAAAAGGCUUGCUUCCAGCUUGAAUAAACGCGCAGGGCCGGCUUUGUUUUGGCUGGAGUUCAGCUGGAUCUCA